AAAAAAAGAUGACCCAUUCUUCAUUGAAAGGAGGAAGAAUUAGUAGUCCUUAUAGCCAUGGCUUCUCUUCUUCUCAAAUCCAAACUAUUGCUUCCUUUUGUGAAACUAUCAUUCCUCCACUCCCAACACCCCUAUAUGAUCAUCAAGAUUCAAUCUUUUCUUCUUCUGGUUCUCAGCCUCCAUUCCCCAAUGAGGUAAAUUUUUCUAAUGAUAAGCCUCAAUUAUUGGACUUGUUUCUGUUUAUGAAUGUAUUAAUGAAUAAUUGGUUUUACACUUUCUUGCCUUUUGAUGGUAACAUGUUGGAACUAUUCUUCACUAAGCAUACUUGGUUGGUUGGUUCUGUGCAGACUGAUGAAAAUUUCAAGAAUCCAGCAUGGGAAGCUAUUGGGUAUCAUCCAGACACAAGACUGACUCCAUCUGAAUACCAUAAAGAAAGACCACUUGAAAAAGGGAUUGUGGAAACCAUAAACGAGAGUGAUGAAACCUUGAAAGAAUCCUUAACCAAGAAAGGUGUUCCUCUUACUGAGGAUACAAAAGACAACACUUUUAAGAUAAGAUGUGAUGUUGUGAUUGUUGGUUCUGGAUGUGGAGGAGGAAUUGCAGCAGCAAUCCUUGCAAAAUCAGGUCACAAAGUCGUCGUGCUCGAAAAAGGUCAUUACUUUGUGCCAGAAGAUUAUUCUGGUCUGGAAGGACCUUCUAUGAAUGAACUGUAUGAGUCAGGUGCAAUGCUUAGUACUCUUGAUGGAAAAGUAAUGGUUAUGGCUGGAACAACAGUUGGUGGUGGAUCAGCUGUAAACUGGUCUGCUUCCAUUAGAACUCCAACUGAUGUUCUCAAUGACUGGUCUGUGAAGCACAAGAUUCCAUGGUUUGGAACUUCUGAAUAUCAGUCUGCCAUGGAUGCAGUCUGCAAACGGAUUGGUGUGACGGAGAAUUGCUCCAACGAAGGACUUCAGAAUCAAGUAAUACGAAGAGGGUGUGAAAAUCUUGGUUUGAAGGUGGAAAAUAUACCAAGAAAUUCUUCAGAGAAUCAUUAUUGUGGUUCUUGUGGUUAUGGUUGUAAAACAGGAGACAAGAAAGGGACUGAUACCACUUGGCUUGUUGAUGCUGUUAACGCAGGCGCCGUUAUCUUGACUGGAUGCACUGCAGAAAGGUUCAUACUGGAAGAUAACAUGAAUGAGAAGAUGAAGAAAAGAUGUAUUGGAGUUAUUGCAACAACUGAAAGCAGGAAGAUCACUAAGAAGCUGCACAUUGAAGCUCGCGCCACGAUUUCUUCCUGUGGAUCUCUAUUGACACCUCCCUUACUGAUUUCCAGUGGACUGAAGAACAAGAACAUUGGGACAAACCUCCACCUCCACCCUGUUCUUUUGGCGUGGGGAUACUUCCCCGAAUCCAUGUCUGAAUUCAAAGGUAAGAAUUAUGAGGGAGGAAUAAUGACAGCCCUUCAUAAGAUGGUGCCUGAAGAAACUAAUGCACAGGCCAUAAUAGAAGCUACAGCUCUGGGACCUGCUUCUUUCGCCUGCUUUUUCCCAUGGACUUCUGGGCAGGAUAUGAAGGAGAGGAUGACAAAGUACUCACGAACAGUAAAUCUGUUAGCAUUGGCAAAAGAUCAAGGUUCAGGAGAAGUAAAGAAGGCAGGGAGGAUAACGUACAGACUGGAUGAAAUUGAUAAAGAGAACAUCAAAGCAGGCUUAAGAAGGGCAUUGAGGAUCAUGGUAGCAGCAGGAGCUGUUGAAGUGGGAACAUAUCGAAGCGAUGGCCAGAAAAUCAGUUGUAAAGGGAUCAAGAAUGAAGAGUUGGAACAGUUUCUGGACACAGUUGGAGCUACUGGAGGGCCAAGCUCUAAAGGAGAACAGUGGACAAUCUAUGGCUCUGCACAUCAAAUGGGAAGCUGCCGGAUGGGGGCGAAUGAGGAAGAUGGAGCAGUGGAUGAGAAUGGAGAAUGCUGGGAAGCGAAAGGCUUAUAUGUAUGCGAUGGAAGUGUGCUUCCUACUGCAGUUGGUGUCAACCCAAUGAUCACUAUACAGUCCACUGCUUAUUGCAUUGCCAAGAGAAUAGCAGAGUCGAUGCAUAAAGAAAAGCUAAUUUCAGACAUAUGUAAAUGACAUAAAUGUGUCUCCCUCACCCCAGAAUAAAUCUUAUCUGGGAAAUAAAAUUUACCAUUUCAAUUUCAACCGAUGCACUGAAAACAGAAUUGCAACUAAACUGUUACCA